UCUCCCCACCUCAACUUCCCACCGACCUCUGCCACCUCUCACAAUGUCCCAACAAAAACCCCCCGUCUCCUUCAUCGGCCUCGGAGCCAUGGGCUUCGGCAUGGCCACCCACCUCGUCAAAGAAGGCUACCCCGUCACCGGCUUCGACGUCUACGGACCUACCCUCGAGAGGUUCGCGCAAGCAGGAGGCAAGCCGGCGACAACCCCCUCCGAAGCCGUCGCCGACAAGGACUACUGCGUAUGCAUGGUCGCCACCGCCCAACAAGCCCAAUCCGUCCUCCUCGACUCCGAAAACGCCGCCAUCCAGACCCUUCCCAGGGGAGCCGUCGUGCUCCUCUGCUCGACAGUACCGUGCUCCUACGUCCAGGCGCUGGAGAAAGACCUCGCGGCGCGCGGCAGGCCCGACGUCCUCCUCGUCGACUGUCCCGUCUCGGGAGGCGCAGGGCGCGCCGCGGCCGGCACGCUCUCCAUCAUGGCGGGCGCCUCGGACGACGCCGCCCUGGAAAAGGGGAAGGACCUGCUCCAGGCCAUGUCCGACCCGGCCAAGCUGUACAUCGUGCAGGGCGGCAUCGGCGCCGGCAGCAACAUGAAGAUGUGCCACCAGGUCCUGGCCGCCAACCAGAUCCUCUCGGCGGGCGAGGCGCUCGGCUUCGCCGCCCACUUGGGUCUCGACCUCAACCGGGCCGCCGAGGGGAUUCUCGGGUCGGACGGCUGGAGCUGGAUGUUCGAGAACCGCCUCCCGCGCAUCCUGGACGCGAACCACCAGCCCAUCGCCAGCGCCACCACCAUCAUUUUGAAGGACACCAGCAUCAUCACCCACGAGGCGCGCGCCGCUGGCUUCGCCACCCCGAUGACCACCGCUGCGGAGCAGGUCUACUUUGCCAGUCUCGGCAGGGGGUACGGACCCGACGACGACGCCGGCUUGAUCCGGAUGUACACCGAAGGCGUGGGUCGUGUCGGUCCGGUGCAGGGCGCCGCCCAGACGGAGCACGAUAAGCUGGCCCUCGUCGUCGACUUGCUCAGGGGUGUCCAUCUGUGCUCUGCUGCCGAGACGUUGGCUUUCGCCCAUUUCGUUGGCUUGGACCUGGACCAGGUCUUCGAACUCUGCAUCAAUGCCGCUGGCGGUUCUCGGAUGCUGUCGACUGUUGGCCCGGAGAUCAUAAGAAGGCUUCGCGGCGAGGGGGGUGCGGGCCGUGCGGCGACGGAGGGGUCGAGCAGUGGUGGAGAGUCCUUGUCAUCUAUUGCUGCCCGGCUGAGUGCCGCUGUUGAUGAGGCGCAAAGGCUCAAGGUUCCCGUCUUCCUGGGCAGCUCGGCUCUGAACCUCAUUCGCCAGGCUUUGCGGCGCAGUGCCGGCAAGGAGGGUUCCGAGUCAAGUCUGCAGUCUGUGGUGGGGGUUUGGACUUGAUGAGAUGCUGCUGGGGUUGGUGGACGUAGUAAUAUCACUUGAUGUAAGUAGCCUCUGUGAGACUGUCUAGGUAGGAAUCACAGCAGGUAUUCAAAAGCGAGCGUUUUCCAAGUUGAUGACUAUCGAAGCAUU